AUGACGCCACCAACGCGAGAGGUGUGGCAGAAGAAGCGAAAUGCAACAUUUGUGAAGGAUUUGCAGGAAGAGAAAUUUAUCUUUAGGUUUUCUUUCAAUAAUUCAUGCAUAAUAGUGCUAAAAGCAAGUUGUACUACAUCAUAUCAAGUUAAGUUGUUUUACAUGGCUAAUAUACCUGAACAUCGGAAAUGGAUGUAUAAUCGAUUGUUACCCGGAAAAAGGGGGUACACAGAUGAGUUCUUAUUGGGUGUUGAGGAAUUUGUAAAUUACGCAAGCACACUUCCUGUAUACAAGGCUUCAAUGAAGAUUAGGUGCCCAUGUAGUAAGUGUAAGAAUAGAGUACACUUGUCUGCAGAUGAUGUUCAUGUUCAUUUAUAUAGGAAGGGUUUUGAACCAAGUUAUUGGAUUUGGACAUGUCACGGUGAGCUUCCACCUUCAAUACAACCACACAUGAAUGAGGGCCCUAGUGAAAAUAACCAAUAUGAACAAAUGGUUUUUGAUGCAUCUGGUCCAUCAUUUUUUCCAUUAAAUGUCGAAAAUGACCAAGAUGAAGAACCACAUAGUAGUGCAAAAAACUUCUACGAAUUGUUAGAUGCUGCGAGACAACCUUUAUCAAUGAAUGUUAAUGAAGAAACAGAGCUGGCAUAUACAUUGAGGAUGAUGAAUAUCAAGACAACUUUUAAUAUACCACAGCUAGCAAUGGAUCAGAUAUUUCAGUAUAUUAAUCAUUUGAUGGGUCCCGAUAAUCGAGUACCUACCAGGUAUUAUGAUGCAAAAAAGUUACUUACAAAGCUUGGUCUUGGACAUGAGAAGAUUGAUUGUUGUGUAAACAAUUGUAUGUUGUACUAUAAGUCUGAAAUAAAUGACAAGCACUGUAAGUUUUGUGGUGAGACAAGAUUUAAACCUUGCCCAUCUGGAUCUACUCGUGCAAAAGAGGUGCCUCGCAAAAGAAUGCAUUACCUUCCUCUCAUUCCUCGAUUGCAACGUUUGUAUGCAUCACAUAGCUCUGCUUCACACAUGCGAUGGCAUUAUGAAAAUCGUCGCGAACCUGGUAUUAUGUGUCAUCCCUCUGAUGGUGAAGCAUGGAAGCACUUUGAUAGAAGGUUCCCUGAUUUCUCAGUAGAUCCCCGAAAUGUAAGACUGGGCUUAUGUUCUGAUGGAUUUACUCCUUUUGGUUUCAAUGCAAAGCCGUACUCUUGUUGGCCUGUUAUGGUUGUUCCGUAUAAUCUCCCACCUUCAAUGUGUAUGACUACACCAUACACAUUCUUAACCUGUAUUAUUCCUGGACCGAAGAAUCCAAAGGCCAAUAUUGAUGUCUAUCUUCAGCCUUUAAUUGAUGAACUUCAAUUGUUAUGGGAAACAGGUGUCUUAACUUAUGAUGCAUCACUUAAACAAAAUUUUAUGAUGCGCGCUGCGUUAAUGUGGACCAUCAAUGACUUUCCUGCAUACGGUAUGUUAUCUGGAUGGCAGACAGCCGGAAAACUAGCAUGUCCUUAUUGUCUUCAUUAUUCUAAAUCAUUUUAUCUGAAGAAUGGUCAUAAAACAUGUUGGUUUGAUUGUCAUCGUCAAUUCCUUCCAAUGAAUCACUCCUGGAGGAAGAAUCGAGAUACCUUUGUCAAACAACGAGCUGAGAAAUCAAGACCUCAACCAAUUUGGACAGGAGAUGAGUUGUUUCAUAGUUUGGAAAAUAUCCCAAGGAUUAUUGAUGGUCCAAUUGGUCGCAUUGAGGGGUUUGGACAAGCACACAACUGGAAAAAAAAAAGCAUAUUUUGGGAUUUGCCUUAUUGGAAGGAUAAUUUGUUACGUCACAAUCUUGAUGUGAUGCAUAUAGAGAAAAAUGUGUUUGAUAACAUUUUCCACACAGUUAUGGAUGUCAAAGGCACAGCUAAAAAUAAAGACACGCCUAAUGCACGUCUCGAUAUGAAGGACGUGUGUAAUAGGCCCGAACUUGAGUUGGUGGAAAAGAAUGGACGUUAUCUUAUGCCCAAGGCAAGCUACAGUUUGAAUCGUACUAAUCAAUUAGCUGUCUAUGAGUGGUUACGAACUUUGAAGUUACCUGAUGGCCUUCAUGUUUUUACCAAGCUGUCACUGGAAGCCUUUGACUGA